AUGGUCUGUGGGUCUUUUUAUUUGCCCAAAGAAAGUGAAAAUCGAUCGCUACUAGGCGAAGACGCUCACUUCAUUUGUGCAAAAGAGAACACCAUUGGUGUUGCGGAUGGUGUUGGCGGGUGGGCUACGUAUGGCGUAGAUGCUGGAGAGUAUGCAAGGAAGCUCAUGGACAACUCAGUCAUGGCUGUACAUAACCAACAUAGAAAAUCUGGAGAUGUUGAUGUCGAUCCGAUACAAAUCUUGCAUGAAGCCUACGGAAACACCAAGAAUAUUGCUGGGACAUCAACAGCUUGCAUCGUCACUCUUAGUAACGAAGGUAGAACCUUGCAUGCUGUGAAUGUUGGGGAUAGUGGUUUCAUGCUGUUUAGAGACAAGAAGUGUGUGUACAUUUCGCCAAUUCGACAGAGUUACUUUAACUGUCCUCUUCAAUUAGGGACAGGAUCAGGAUAUACUCCCCAAUCGGCUACUGAGAUUAAAGUUAGGGUACUUCGGCCGGGAGAUGUCAUAGUUCUUGGGACAGAUGGGUUACUUGACAAUGUGUCGCCGGGAGAAAUAGAGAAAGUUCUGGAGGAGAAUACCAUAGAAGGUUUUGUGGAACCGGAGAUGUUGGCAUGGAUCAUAGCAGAGAGGCUGGCUUUACGCAACUCCGAGGAUGCAGGAAGGUUGACUCCUUUUUCAAUUGCGGCUCAUAAGGCCGGAGUCGAGCACAUUGGAGGUAAGAGGGAUGAUAUCACGGUCAUUGUAGGUCAAAUACUUGCAGCGUAG